GCAACUAGACUAUAACAUAAGGACCUUGGCAUGGCGCGCUAGACAAAAGUAUUAGCAAGAGACAAAGCCUGAGCCGCCCGGGUUGUUUCUUUUGUCUAAGGAUUAGUUUACACAAUUGUUUAAACUUGUCUGGUUUGCGAUUGAAUAUAGAUAUUUGAACAGACACAUCUACGUAGUGGCUGCAAGUGAAAACACUCUUAUUUUUCGUAAGUUCUUGGAUAGGAGAGUUGAGUAGAUUGAGGCAUUACAGAACAAUCUGCAGUAAGGGAAUGGGAUUGGUUAAGGUGAGUUUUCUGUUAUGUGCAUGGCUGUUUUUUAUGGUUUUUCAUGGUAGCUUAACUUUAGCAGAUGAUGAGAGAUCUAGUUAUAUUGUUCAUAUGGACAAAUCGUUCAUGCCAAAGGCUUUUGCUAGUCAUGAGCAUUGGUAUAUGUCUGCGAUUGAGUCUGUUAAGUCUACGAGUCAUGCUUAUGGUCCGACCCUCAUCUACACUUAUGAUAAUGCAUUCCAUGGUUUUAGUGCAUUGUUGUCUAAGAAUGAACUGCAGACUCUUGAGAAGUCGUCAGGAUUCGUGUCUGCUUAUAGUGACAGGACUGUCACACUGGACACAACGCAUACUUUUGAGUUCCUUUCGCUCAAUCCUGCCACGGGGUUGUGGCCUGCUUCCAAUUAUGGCAAAGAUGUUAUCAUUGGUGUCAUUGACACGGGAGUCUGGCCUGAGAGCGCGAGCUAUAAGGAUGAUGGGAUGACUGCGGUUCCUUCAAGAUGGAAGGGGACUUGCGAGGAAGGGCAAGAAUUUAAUGCUUCACUCUGUAACUUGAAGCUCAUUGGAGCUAGAUACUUUAACAAAGGUGUUAUAGCUAAGAACCCUGAUGUUAAGAUAAGCAUGAACUCUGCCCGGGAUUCUAUGGGUCAUGGUACACACACAUCGUCAACUGCAGGUGGGAACUACGUCGAAGGGGCAUCCUUUUUUGGCUAUGCCUUGGGAACUGCAAGAGGGAUGGCUCCGCGUUCCAGGGUGGCAAUGUACAAGGUCCUCUGGGAUGAAGGACGAUAUGCAUCUGAUGUUCUUGCUGGUAUGGAUCAGGCAGUAGCUGACGGAGUUGAUAUUAUAUCGAUAUCCAUGGGCUUUGAUGAUGUGCCUCUAUAUGAGGAUCCUAUCGCCAUAGCUUCCUUUGGUGCAAUGGAAAAAGGUGUGCUUGUUUCUUCAUCCGCUGGAAAUGAAGGGCCACGCACCGCAACCUUGCACAACGGCAUUCCAUGGGUCUUGACUGUUGCAGCAGGCUCAAUAGACCGAUAUUUUGCAGGGACCUUGAGUCUGGGCAACGGGUUGGUCAUCACCGGAUGGACCGUGUUUCCUGCAAGAGCCAAAAUCCGAAACUUGCCCUUACUAUAUAACAAAACCAUGUCUCUUUGUGAUUCCGAUGAGGUGUUAUCUGGAGCUCCUUCUGCUGUCAUUGUAUGCAGUGACACAGGCUCAUUUAGUUCACAGUUAUACUACAUUUCUAGAUCAAACGUUGCUGCCGCUAUUUUUAUCACAGACUCUCCUGACGUAUUUAAGUCUCAACUGUUUUCUUACCCUGGAGUUGUGGUUAAUCCCAAAGAUGGAGCUGUUGUAAUUAAAUACGCAAGAAGUUCUUCUGAACCAUUGGCUAGCAUCAAGUUUCAACAAACAUUCGUGGGCACAAAACCAGCACCUGCAGUUGCCGACUACAGUUCAAGAGGCCCCUCACCAAGUUAUCCCGGGAUAUUAAAGCCAGAUAUAAUGGCACCAGGGACAUUAGUCUUGGCUUCUUGGAUACCAUAUGAUAGUGUAGCCUAUAUAGGUAACAAUAUCGAGUUGUCAAGCGACUUUAAUCCAAUUUCAGGGACAUCCAUGUCUUGUCCUCAUGCUUCUGGUCUCGCUGCUCUCCUAAAAGGUGCACACCCCGACUGGAGCCCUGCUGCUAUUCGGUCUGCAAUGAUGACCACAGCCAACCCCUUGGACAAUACGCAUAACAGUAUCCAAGACAUUGGAACAGGUUUUAAAUCUGCUACCCCAUUAGCAAUGGGAUCAGGCCACGUAGACCCUAAUCGUGCACUUAAUCCAGGCCUUGUAUACGAUGCCACAGCACAAGACUACGCUAAUCUUCUCUGUUCUAUGAACUUCACGCAAAAUCAAAUCAAUGCAAUCACAAGAGCCAGCUACAACUGCAUGAACAAGUCCUCUGAUUUAAAUUAUCCGUCUUUUAUCACCUUGUACACUAAUCAGACUAGUGGCCGAACAUUGCAGCAGACGUUUUACAGGACAGUCACCAAUGUCGGAGAUGCAGCAGCUACUUACAAGGUCAAGGUGACAGCGCCAAAGGGUUCAAUUAUAACGGUUUUGCCAGAUACAUUGAUGUUUCAGAAGAAAAACGAGAAGAAGAGCUACACCAUGACUAUUAAUUUCAAAGCUGUGACUCCUGCUGUUACACAUGGUUCACUUGUUUGGAUUGAGAAGAAUUCUAAGAACACAGUUAGGAGUCCUAUUGUAAUAUCGCCUGCAGUAGAUAUGUGGUAAUCCACAGCUGCAACUUAAAUUUUAUCUGAAUAAACUUUUUAAGGUACAUUA